CCCCCGCCCCCAGCCCCGUGCUGCCCUCCCGAGCUGGUGUCCCUUCCCGGAUCUGGGUCCCUACUGCGUGACCGCUCAGUAGGCGUGGAGCAUCUCAACCUUGAGAAAAAGCCGCGUCGGCUCUUUUGAGAAGCUCGGGGCUACAGAGUGGUGGGUGGCAAAGGCGUUUCAAGCGGGUGAGGAGCUCUUGGGUGCGUGGAGAGAGGGCAGCACAUGGAGGAAGGAGACGUCCGCCAUGCCCGGCCCGCAGCUUCCCACCGCAGCUCCCAGCCCGCCGCCCCCGCGGAAAGGCCGGCUACAGCCCCAGUGAGGAGGUAGAAGAGGCGGCGGCGGAGGAGGCGCCGCCCCUUUGGCGAGCUUCCCGACCUGGCUGCCUCUGCGGGACCCAUGGCGGACUCCUCACCGGCGCAAUCCCAGCGUGCGGGCGGCCCCCGAGCACCCCGGCACUCUGCGCCCUCGCCGCCGCCACGCUCGCGCUCAGGCUCCGAAUCCGAAGAGGCCGAGCUGUCGCUGAGCCUGGCCCGCACCAAAACCCGCUCGUACGGCAGCACGGCCAGCGUGCGGGCGCCACUGGGCGCCAGCGUCAUCGAACGCCAUGUGGAGCACCGGGUCCUCGCCGGCGACACGCUACAGGGCAUCGCGCUCAAGUACGGAGUCACGAUGGAGCAGAUUAAAAGGGCAAACAAACUGUUUACCAAUGAUUGUAUAUUUCUGAAGAAGACUUUGAACAUCCCAGUUAUAUCAGAGAAACCUUUGCUGUUCAAUGGACUUAAUUCAAUAGAUUCUCCAGAAAAUGAAGCUGUUGGUAGCAGUUUUUCUCAUGAAGAAGAGUCAGUGGCACCUGGGGAAGACCUCUCUCCUGCCAGUCAUCAUGAGUCUGAUGCUCAGCCUGUGGAGCCUGAGGAAGUAUCAGCCAGAGACUUCCUACAGAGACUAGACUUGCAGAUUAAGUUAUCGACACAGGCAGCUAAGAAGCUGAAAGAAGAGAGCAGAGAUGAAGAAAGUCCCUAUGCAACUUCACUCUAUCACAGUUAGGUGAUCAGAGGGCAUAAUCUAACUGGAUUAAGAGAUAGUUGAAUUAUAAAGAAACCAACAACUGAAGAUUCAAAAGCAUUCCUUUUGGAUUCUCACUGGACAUAUUUUUAAAUUACAAUUAAGAAGUUCUGCCUAUUGCAAUUGCACUGAAGUGAUUAGUCCCUGCUGGCUUUCUAUAAUGUUAAGUCUUUAUUAUGGCAUGAUUGCAAAAUUGUAUCCACAAGCUCACCACUUUUGUACUGGUGGUAGUUUUUAGACUAGCUUUUGUAAAUACUAGUUGAUAUGGAGUAUGAAAGAUUAUUUACAUAUUCAAGCUAAAAACAGUGUUUAUCUUCUGAGAAGUCCUAAUUAUGUGAAAAACAUGGUUGCUAGUUAAGUGAUGCUGAUUUUGCUAUGUGUUUAUAACUUAAGUGCUAUAUAUAUAUAUAUUUCGGUAUGUAUUACAUUUUCUGUAUUAUUAUGAAGAACCAAAUUUUGUUUGCUAUUUUGUAAAAAUAAACUACAAGAGUCUGAAUGAGAAAAUAAACUAUGUUUUCA